GGAUACUCCGUGAGCGGAACCUCCUCUUCUCUGUCUGUGUUCCAGUCAGGAUGAAGUAGUUUCCGGGCGUCAGGUUGCCAGCAGUAAACAUGGCGGAGGAGCUGCUGGAAGCAGUGGACAGACUUCAGUCUCGGCUCCACGAGAACCCGGAGCCUCGGAAGCUACUGAAGACGCUCAAAAGACUUGGGGAGCUUCCUAUGACUGUGGAUAUACUAGUGCAAACUGGUGUGGGCAAGACAGUGAACUCUUUCAGGAAACACGACGUAGCUGGAGAGGUGGCAAAAAACCUUGUAGCCAAAUGGAAGAAAUUGGUUCCCCAGGCUGCAGACAGACCCAGCAGCCACGACAGAGAGGCGCCUCGGUCACACUCAUACCCUCGAGGUCCAUUAGCGAGCAGUGGAGAAGGCCACAAACGCACCCGGGAGCCCUCACCUGAGGAUGAGCCCUCCUACAUGGAAGAGGAGGAAGAGGAGAGGGGCUACCCCACCAACUACUCACCCUCACCUCCUCAACAAGAGCAAUACAGUCCUCCGCUGCGAGGAGGCUAUGUGUCAGACGAGUAUGAGAGCCCUGAACCUGAACCUGAGCCUGAACCUGAGCCUGAACCAAGUCCUCAACCAAGUCCUCCACCUCCUCCUCGCAAAGAAAUCCGCCAAGCCAAACCUCACAGAGAACCCAGCAAGAACCACCACCAUGGUGACCGGAACAGGGACAGAGACGAGGAACGACGGCAACGUCACGCUCAGACAAGUAGUGAUCGAGGAGGAGGAGGAGGUGGUGGUGAAGGAAAGAAACGUGGUACAGACAGAGAGAGACAGCAAAGUCCGGUACAGAAGCCUGGGAAACACAGCAAGAAGUCCAGCACACACGAGAGCAAGAGGGAAGAGAAGAAGAGAGGAGGAGAUGAGGUGCGUUCACGAGCACCAAAGGACUCUCUGCCCAAAGAAGAGGAAGAGUACUUUGAGACUCCAACCAUGUCCUUCGAGUCCUUCCUCACAUACGACGCCCCGAUAUCUGCCAAGAAGAAGAAGAAACCACCACCACCAUCGUCGCACAGUCGGCCGCCUCACUCGUCGUCCUCCACUGUGUCUUCCCAUCACACACGCAGCCCUCCACCCUCUGUGAUCCCAUCCUCCUCCUCCUCUUCCUCAUCCUCCUCUAAAGUGAGCAAAGCAAACGGCGCUCAGAGUAACAAGAGGACACAUUCAAGCUCUGGUUCAUCAGCUGCUGCACCGACACCGGAAAAACGGAAGAGGGUGGUGGAAGUCGUUCCGUCUCUGCCUGACAUUCCUCUGCCAGCAAUUCAACCCAACUACAGACCGCUGCCCUCCAUCGACGUCACACCGCUGUCACCGCAGAGGCGUAAAGUUCCUGUCCACAACGACGAGGAGGACUCUGGGUUCACGGGGAAACGGUUCAACUCCAAAAUGGUGGUGUACUCGGGGUCGAAGACUGCUUACCUGCCCAAGAUGAUGACUCUGUACGAGCAGUGCAUCCGCGUGCUGCAGAACAACAUUGAUUCCAUCGCUGAGGUGGGAGGUGUACCAUUCGACAUCCUGGAACCGGUUCUGGAGCGAUGCACGCCAGAGCAGCUAUACCGCAUCGAGCUGAGCAACCAGUGUUUUACGGAAGACUCGGAUGAGCUUUGGAUGCGUCACUGUCAGCGAGACUUCAAGCGCGAGUCUCCUCAGGAAUUUGAGUCGUGGAGGGAACUGUAUCUGAGGCUGCACGAUGAGCGCGAGGAGCGACUGAAGAUGCUAACGCAGAACAUCUCCUCCGCACACGCCAACAAACCCAAAGGGCGGCAGGUAAAGAUGGCAUAUGUAAAUUCUGCCGCUAAGCCGCCUCGUGACGUUCGCCGCCGACAGGAGAGGUUUGGUACUUCCAGUGGUUUGUCAACAGCUGCCUCCACUGCAGCUCCCAUCAAAAUAAGACCAGUUACUACAGACUUUUCUGGUGAGUCCAGUCACUCGUCUUUGUCCCAACAUCAGCCUCCCAGCUCGUCCCGCUCUUCUGCACCAGGAGGUGGAGGACACGUCGCUCGAGAAAAGCCACAGGUCAAAAGAAUCGCCCCCAUGAUGGCCAAAACUAUCAAAGCAUUCAAGAACAGAUUCUCCCGCCGAUAGUGAAACAGAGACUGAAUGUAUUUUAUGAAUUCCAUCUGUGUUUUUAAUUUAAGUUUAGAAACAUUUAACUGGAGACUCUUUCAUCCCUACACACACACACACACACACACACACACCCUCUCACACCAAACAUAACACACAUGAACUUUACAGUAUUGGUGGAAAGUUUUUUAUUUUUUUUAUUUGAAGCAUUGGCGUCUGUUUGUGGGGCUCUUUGAAUUAGUAUUUAAAUUAUGAAUAAUGGUUAAAGCGUGUGAGGUCUAAAAAGGAAAUUAUGAACUUUUUUUUUACAGGAUGCAAAAGGACAUAACGAUAACGAUAUAUAUAUAUAUUUUUUUUUUUUAAAAAGGAGACGUUUUUUGGGAAAUACACUUGACUUUCUUGCCUGGAUUUAGAUGAAAGAUUUGAUACCAAGCAUUUGUCUGUAUGUUGGAAAUUAAGCUACUAUCAGCUUCUAGCUUAUCUUGGACUGAAAAUUGGGGGCAAACAAUUAGCCUCGCUCUUCCCGGUAAUGACAUGCUACUGCAUAAGGUGGUGGUUCGUAUUACCAGGAGUAACUCUCAACUCUUCAAUCACAUAUUAGCCUUUUUUUUCUCAGUGGCCAUUUUGAUGCGGCACUGGAUGAAAAGCCACGUUUUACUGAUAACAUUAAUAAUAAUAAUGGUUCUGUUCUCUUCAUGUAGUUAGAACAGUGAGUCUGCCUAAACCCUGAAACCCGGGAAAGCUAAAUGGAACUCAGCCAUUGUCCAUUUUGUUAAUUAUACCUGUGCUUUUCCACUUUUCUUCAAAAUGGUUCGAUUGGAAAAAAGGCUAGUUGUGUUCAUUGAUAAUUUUAGAGGCACUAAUUGGUGCUUUUAAAUGCCUGCUUUAUACCCAUUUCUUUGCCCCAUGUUUCCAGUCAUUGUACUGAGCUAAGUCAAGUCGAUGCUGCUUGUUGCUUCAUAUUUCCAAUAAGCGUGCUAAGCUAAGUCGCUGCUGCAUAUGGCUUCAUGUUUCUCGCACAGACAAAAAGGGGUCGUCCUUCUCAUUUAAAUCUUGACAAGACAGUGGAAAAAGCCUAGUCAAACAUUCAGUGUGUGAGAAAGUCUCUGGGUUUUAAAGUUGCUGGGGCCUUUCUGUCCUCACACAGAUCGGUAUCUGGGUUAAUUGGAGACUCUAAAUUGACUGUAGGUGUGAAUGUGAGUGUGAAUGGUUGUCCCCCAAUAUUGAAACCAUGCGAUGGACUGUUGACCUCUCUUGGACAUAUCUUACCUUGUAUCAAUUUCAGCUGGGUUUGACCCCAGUUCCACUGGAAUCCUUAUAGAAUCAAGCAAUGUAGAGAAUGAAUGAAUGUUGAAAGGUUUACCUUAACAGGAGAGGGGGAAAGAACAUUGUUAUUUGAGUUUAUAGAGGAGAGACUUUUGUUCUUCUCUAUGACCAAAUGAAACACUACAAUAGGAAAAUGUCAAAGCUGUAUACGAUCUUGUUUUCUCUUAAAUUGCAUGAAUUGUGCACGUCAACGUUAGCUCCAUCCUCAAAUAUCAACGGGCUGGUGAAAGACUGCUUUUUUUUAACAACAAACAUGCAAUCUUUAAACAUGUUUUCGGUGCAUUUUUAAACGUGUAGGGAUAAAAUGAUAUCAUCUGUGAGCCGCACACGCACACACACACACACACACACACACACACACACAAAGGCAUUGUUGACUUAUUUUGACCCUCUGUGGCUUCAGACCCUGUUCUCCUGUUGUUAAACGUGUACGUCCCCUUUGUAUCUGCUUCACUGUGACACAUUUGCUUGAGCGAGGACUGAAGUGAAGGAAAAAAGACAAUAAGGAAAGAUGGCAGUCUGUCUUUGGCUUCAGUCUGCAACAAUGAUUAUGACAUGUAUUUAUUUUCAACACUGAGACCUGACACCCUGCCACACAAUGGGCCUGAAAGGAAGUAGAUUAAAAAUUGUAAUUUUAUUAGAUUUUAAAAAAUCUUCUGUGGUCGUUUUUAUUAAAAUUAACAUUUUGCCCUUGA